GCGCGGCCGGAGGACUGCACGCCGCGGAUGGACAUGGAGUUCGAGACGGAGCUGCAGGCGUACGACCUCUACCGCCUCUACGCCUUCAAGCUCGGCUUCAACGUCCGCCGCCGCUACACCAACCGCAGCAAGACCUCCGGCGAGGUCACCUCCUGCAAGUUCGCCUGCUCCCGCGAGGGGUUCAAGGACCACAAGACCGCCACCGCAACCGCCGGCACAGCUAAGCUCCCCCGCGCCGCGGCCAGGCUCUCCCGUGCCGCCGCCGCCGCCAUCCCCGCGCCGGACGGCAGGACCGGCUGCAACGCGCACCUCACCCUCCGCCGCACCAAGGCCGGCGGCAGGUUCCAGGUCUCCGCCUUCCAGCCGCGCCACAACCACCCGCUCUUCGCCGCUCCCCGCGGCCCGCCCAGCCCCUUCCACUCGCCGCCGGAUGCCGCUGCCGCCGUCGUUCCGCCGCGGGAUUUCAUUGACGACGAUGCAGCAGCGGGGGCGGCAUGGGCCGAGGGAGAAGGGCCCCUGCGCACCAGGCGGCAGUGGGAGAUCAAGUACGGGGAGGCGGCCGCCCUGCUGAACCACCUCCAGCGGCAGUCGCUGGCCGACCCGGGGUUCCACCACGCCGUGCAGCUCGACGUCGAGGACAAGGUGGCCAACGUCUUCUGGGUCGACGCCAAGAUGGUCGCCGACUACGCCCACUUCGGCGAUGCCGUCGCCUUCAACGUCGUGUCCAGGAACAGCAGCAGCCUCCGCCACCUUGCCUCGUUCGUCGGUUGCAACAGCUUUGGCGAGCCCGUCGUCUUCGGGCUGGCGCUCAUGUACGACGAGACCUGCGAGUCGUUCCGGUGGCUGUUCCAGACGUUCCUGCAAGCCAUGUCUGGGCGAGCACCCAAGACCUUCAUUUCGCAUCAGGACACGGUGAUAGCAGAGGCCCUGUCCUUGGCGAUGCCUGGCACGACGACGGCUCAUGCCAUAUGCGCGUGGCACAUAAAGCAUGUUGCAAAGGGGAACAUACGUCAGCUUUCUAAAGGCGAUGCCAGUUUCAUCGAGGAGUUCAAGGCGUGCGUCGACGGAGAGUAUGACGAGGAGGCGGGAUUUCUCGCCGCAUGGGAUGCUAUGAUCAGCAAGUACGAGCUUCGUGACAACCCGUGGUUGCAGAGGUUGUUUGAGGAGAAACACAAGUGGGCUAGGCCCUACGCGAAAGGGGUCUUCUCGGCCGGGAUGGAAGGCACACGGUUGAACGAGCGCCUGAAUUCUGAGGUGCGCAGUCAUCUGAGAGCAGAGGUGGACAUUGCUCUGUUUUUGAGGCAUCUUCAGAAAGUGAUCGGCGACAGGCGGCACAGAGAGUUGGAGAUGGAAUAUGGUUCAAGGUUGAUGAUGCCCUACCUCAAAAUCAGAGCUCCUGUUCUGACACAGGCUUCCGAGGUCUAUACCAGCGUGAUCUUUCAGCUUUUCCAAGAGGAAUACGAGGAGUUCCAGUCAGCUUACAUCGUGAGCCGUGAUGAAAGCGGCCCGUGUCGGGAGUAUGUCGUCUCGCUUGUGGAGAAGGAGGACCGGCGGUACACGGUUUAUGGGAACCCUACGGAGCAGACUGUCGCAUGCUCGUGCGGCAAGUUUGAGACGAUUGGCUUCUUGUGCAGCCAUGCUCUCAAGAUUCUAGAUGUUAUGGACAUAAAGUAUAUACCAGAGAGAUACAUCAUCAAGCGCUGGACCAAACAUGCAAGGCGUUUGACCUCCUCUUCACCGGAGGUUCCUGUUCCUGGGCAAGCCGUUCAAGCAGAGGAAUCAUUGGAGAUUUCUUCUAAUCGCUACCAGCACUUGUGCCCAAAGUAUGUCAGGCUUGUUGCCCGUGCAUCAGAAUGUGAGGAGUCCAGCAGAGUACUAGACCAAUUCUGGGGAGAACUUGGCGACAAGGUUGAGCAAAUCCUGCAGAAACAAACCAGCAUUAGCAGCGCACCUGUGACACUACAGCCUGAUGUUCAGAAUCUUAAGAUGGCCUUGUCUUCCAUCACGAAUGGCACUGAAUCAGAAAAUGUUCUGGACAUAUCAAGCAGGGCAGCAGCAGAAACAGUAGUAAAGAAGAAAGUCCAGAAAAACAAAAACCGUCAGAGAAAUUGCAUUGAAAACGGUCCGACAAAGAAGCAGAAAGUGCACUCAGAAGAACCUGCAGUAGUGCAGUAUGGUUUGGUAGAUGGUUCUGCCCAGUCUGCAAAUGCUAUGUUUCAGGGCUUGGAGGCUCCUCCUAACAUGUCCAAAAUGGGUAGCCAAACUCCAACCUAUAUACCUUACAUGGGGACUGACUUCUCAAACUCUAUGGGGACAAUCAACUAUCAAGGGAUGCAUCCUGGCGCAAGUCUGGGGUUCACUCUGUUACCUUCUCAGGAACUAGGCUUUGUCCCCUGUCACGCUUCUCAGGCGUCAACUGACAGCCAGCACAGCCAGGCCUUGUAGAAACCAAUGACUACUUGAAAGGCCUUGUAGAAAUCAAUGUCUACUUGAAGGCUCUCUCUUUGGAGCACAAUCAAUGGGAAUGACCGAAUGAGAAGUCGUAUAUGGCAAUGGGAAGCUAUAUACGGAGCACAAUCAAUGGGAUUGAAGGCUUCUUAUGAUGUCCAUAACUGUAUAUGGCAAUGAGUAACUGUCUUUUACUACUGCAAUGGCGGAUGCGCUCCUGUUUGGACUUGGUAGUGCUGGGAGGUGGUACUGCAUAGAUGGUUUACUCAAAAGAUACACACGAUUUUGGUUAGUGGUGUGUGGAUUAAGAUUUCAGCCAGGGGUGUCUUUGACUUAAUAGCUGGGGCAUGCGACAGGAAAGUGUGACCGCUUGGACAUGAGAAGCAAUCCGUGAUGCCGAGGAUCUUGUAGAUGAUUUCAGCUGGUUGAGAUGAUGGAUGGAUGCAUCUUUCUGGAUGGAGAAUAGGUGAAGUUGGAUGAGGUUUGGAGAUGGCGUGUAACCUACGUACACAUGGAUGCAAUAUAGCAAGCAGAGCACAUUUCCUUGGACCUUUCUGUUACAUUUUUUCCUGCUGGGGAGAAGGAAGGAAAGAUGAAUGAAUGAAUUUAUUGGUUUGGUGAGUUUUCCGGGAAGACGGUGCGGAUGAAGUUGAGG